UCUCUCCUUCAUCCAGACCUUUGGCGAUCUGUCUAUUAAUCUGUGCUAAUAUAUCUGUUUUCACGCGUAUCAACAUCAACGUUCCAUCGCAAUUCGCGAUUGUCAUGACAGCCGCUAAACAAUGCUUAAGGCGCCCUCAAAAUCGACUGAAAUGGGUGCUAUGAUUUUCAAUCAGCGUUUCAAGCAAUUAUUGCCGCGCGUGAAUUGCGAAUGGUCGCGUGAAGAAUCCCGAGCCAAUGCCGAGAAAACACGAAACAGAUCAGCUGAUCGUUGAGUAACCACCUCGACCCUUCGAGAAAGUGCUUCUCAUUCCUAUCCUCAUCCGCUCGCGCGAAUAUUUUUAUAUCAGUUGCGAGAUAUGCACUGAGACUGGCUGAAGACGCGUGGUAAGUGCAUCCGAUUGGAAAUCAGUCCGUGACAUCGCGGGUGACACAUCGAAAGAGAGAAAGAGAAAUGAGCACGCAGGCUGACGCGAAUUCAGUAUUAUCAAAACAACCAAUGGAGAAGCUUCAACGAGAAGAGCAUUAUUAACCGUUGGACUCAUCUUUGUAACUUCAUUGACUGCGUUGUUUUAUGUAUACAUGAGCUUCCCUGAAUUAGAAAAAGAAGAGAAACAAUAUAUGAAGCUGCCGUUUCAUAUAGAGGAUGCUAAGAAUCUAGGAAGGUUGCUAGAACGGUACAAGGAGCUAUAUUAUUUCCAAGUACUGGCUGGACUGUUUGUUACUUACAUCUUCUUACAAACAUUCGCCAUUCCUGGCUCUAUCUUUCUCUCAAUCUUAUCAGGAUUUCUGUUUCGCUUCCCAAUUGCACUGCUACUCGUGUGCACUUGCAGCGCAGUCGGUGCUACCCUGUGCUACCUGCUGUCCUCUUUACUGGGCAGACGACUGCUAUAUCGGUACUUUCCGGCUAAAGCGAAGGAAUGGACCAUCACCGUGGCCAAGCAUCGCGAUAAUCUGUUGAACUACAUGUUGUUUCUCAGGAUGACACCAUUACUGCCAAACUGGUUCAUCAAUCUAGCCAGUCCGGUGAUUGGCGUGCCUAUGAUGCCGUUCACCGUCGGUACCUUCUUCGGCGUCGCGCCACCUUCGUUUGUCGCUAUACAAGCGGGUCAAACUUUGCACAAACUCACAUCAUCAAGCGAUGCAUGGUCGUGGAAUAGUGUUAUUAUUCUGUGCGUGUUCGCGCUACUCUCUCUACUCCCUGUGCUGUACAAGCAGAAACUCAAGCAGAAACUUGAGUAAGAGCUAGAUCGACGAUGCUCUUACAAGAAGACAUUCCGAGAGAAGUUUUUCGACUGAAUUUAUUAGAAAAAAUACUCUACCGCUAGAGAUGUUUU